AUGGCGUCCUCCGUGUUGCUCAGGAGGGCAGCCGUCUUGUGCAGGACUUCAAACUGGAUUACAACCUCUAAACCCGUGUGCUCUCUAUUAUCUAAAUGUGGACUGGUUUUCCAGACAGCCUCGUACAACCCCAAACCUUUGAGACUGAACCUCCAGGACCCCUACAUCCCGGACAAAGACAGCGAGAGGACCCCGGAGUGGCAGAAGACAGCGCGCCAUGACAGGAAGCUCUUUGGCCGCUAUGGUUCUGCGUCUGGCAUCGACCCGGCCUCGCUGUGGCCUUCUCCCCCGGAGCUGGACAAAAUCAUAGCGGAGGAGAACGAGUGGUUCCCCCCGUUAGAUGUGAUGAGGAGAAACAUAGCAGCCAGAGAAAAGGAGGCGACGGAAAAGCAACUAGCCAAGGAAAAACUUAUUGCGGCGAACAUGGCCAAAAUGCCCAAGAUGGUUGCGGAUUGGAGAAGAGAGAAGCGGGAGGCUAAAGUGAAACUCAAAGAGGAGAAAGCUCGGCGGGAAAAGCUCUUGGCUGAGGCACGAGAGCGUUUUGGCUACGCUGUGGACCCUCGCAGCCCCAAGUUCUUGGAGAUGGUGGCAGAAAUUGAGAAGGAAGAGAAAAAGAAGAAGAAACUGCUGAAGCGGAGGCAAAGAGAGGAGCAGGCGGGGCUCGUCACACCUCCCCCAGUCUCCUCGUAG